CAACCCCAUAGUUUCCCCGGAAAAUUCACAUCACCGUUUAUUUCGAUUGCUAUUACGAUUUUGAUUGGAUAAUCUGAACUAUAUGGUGUAAUAUUCAUCAAGUUUAAAGCAUCUUUAAAAAAAUUCAUUCAGUCGUUAUCUUGAGCAUUAUCGGUUGUGUGAACAGAUCUAAAAUGUCGUCGCUACGUGGAGUAGGUCUAAUGGUAAUUGGUGCACAUCAAAUUAUCAUUUUGUGGUGAUAUUCCGAGUAAAUUUUGCAGUCAAUAAUGCAUAAUAGUACAUACAAUUAGUUACUGUGUACUGGACCGAUGUAUGUUGUACAUGUGUGCACUGUGUAGUGUGUGGUGAAACUUAUUUUAAGGUUCCAUUCAUUUGAUAUAUAAAGUCAGGUUUAUCCUUUUUACGCUAAUUAAAUAUUGAAUGUGCAAAAUGGAGCAAUUGGCCCAUUUCGUCACAAAAUCGUUCGAAUAUAACAAUAACCGAGUGUUGGAAGUAAUUAAUAUGUCGUCGAAAUCGUCAAGUGAAUCGGAAGUGCAUUCGAAUGGAGGCGAUUCAGAUGGCGUUGCUGAUGAUGAUAUGGAUAUAGAUAUAACUGAUCUAUCAUCAAGCGAUGAUGUUAUUAGAAAAAUGGAUACAGACAGUGACAAUAAUAAUGUGAAUAAUCGCGAACAUUCACCGUUGGCAUUAGUUAAAAAAACAACAAAGGAUAACAAGCGAUAUGUUACGAAGAAUUGGCUUAUAUCAGAUUCACCUAAGCGAAUAUACGAUCAUGCAGAUAUCAACGAACGGACAAGUGAAGUAGCGCUCAACUUAAUACGGAUAGAUGAUUCUGGCGCAAAAUCAAUCGAAUCUGCAUUACGUCCGAGACCUGUUAAAGAACUGUUACAUGAAGUACGAAAAGUGAAAGCUUCGACUAAGUUGGAAGAGGAGCAUAAGACUAAAUUAGAUACUAGCUGUGAAGAGAUUAUUUUACGAACAGAAAAACGGGAAGCAGUUUCACCAUCCACUGAACCAGAUAAUUCAAAUGUUGAAUGUGACCAUAACGACAAUAAUACUAGUAAAUUUCAACCGAAAGCAUCGUCCAUACGUGUGAGUCCUUCGUCGACAGUGCCUCUGACGAAUAAUUUAACGAAUACAAGUAGCAGCAACCAUUUACAUAACAACAAACAAAGACGAUCACGGACGAAUUUCACUUUGGAACAACUAAACGAAUUGGAACGCUUAUUUGACGAAACACAUUAUCCGGAUGCAUUCAUGAGGGAAGAAUUGAGUCAGCGAUUAGGUUUAAGUGAAGCCAGAGUACAAGUGUGGUUUCAAAAUCGACGCGCAAAAUGUAGGAAGCAUGAGAAUCAAAUGCAUAAAGGUAUUCUUCUCUCCAACCAUAGUCCACCAGUUUCAACACCAUUAGAGCCAUGCCGUGUAGCACCUUACGUCAAUUUACCGUCGAUGCGUGGCACAACUGUUGGCACAACAUCAUCGUCAUCGUCGUCACAGCAUUUCUCGUCAGCAUCAUUCUCAGCAUUUGAUCCUGCUUUAAUUUCAGCUGCUCAUCAGUACGCAGCAGCAAUUUCGAAUAGUAAUUGUGGAGUUGGAAUUUUUUCCAUACCACAGUAUCCACUGAACCUGGCAGCACUCGCAGCAGCUCACAAUAAAAAUUCCAGCAUUGCAGAUUUACGACUGAAAGCUAGGAAACAUGCAGAAGCUUUGGGCAUUAAGGAGAAUGCAGCAUAAAUUCAUAUUGCUCAAAACACCAACAAGAAAAAGUUUUUUUUUUGUUUCCAAUGAAUAAAAAGUUUUUAUUGCAGAAAGCUGCAGCAAAAUUUCUAUUUGAGUUAGUAUGACUCCACCGUACUAAUGUGAAUUGUACAUAACUUUUUUCAAUAAAAUAUUUAUGUAAAUGUGCAUCACAUGAAACAGAAUUGCAUGAGGUCACACGGCGAAUAUUAUAAUUAUUAUUUAAGGUAAAUAUCGAAAAAUUAAAAUAUUGAAAAUAAAUUGUGCAUAAUAUGCUGUGAUGUUUAUGUCUGCAAACGUAUGUUGUAACAAAUAAUAAAAGAAGAAUGAUUUAAAUUAAAAUAACAUGUGACCAUUUAAAAUGAAA